AGUGCACCGCGACCACGAUGGCCUCACUACCGGCGUCCGCUCGCCGGGCGCCAUUUAUGUAGCCGGGCACGCGGUGCGGCCUGCGACCAUGGCGCUCUUCCCGGCCUUUGCGGGCGUUAGUGAGGCUCCCGAUAGCGGGAGCGCCAGGAAAGAAUUAGAUUGGCUGAGCAACCCAAGCUUUUGUGUUGAAACCGUCACAACUCUGAGCCAACAAACUGAAGAGGCCGCAGCUCUUGUUUCUGAAGGGUCACCACUGACGAGGAGUCCUCUGAAAUCAGAGCUAUCAGAUGAAAGUGACUCGAACAGAAACCUCAGACAAGCAAGCAGGAAAAAGAAGAAGGAGAAAAAGAAGAAGAGGAAGCAUCAGCACCACAAGAAAACCAAGAGAAAACGCGGGCAGUCCAGCAGCAGUGGGUCCGAACCAGACACUGACUCCGAAAAGGACAAAUCCCCCAGAGGCCUCAGAGGCGGCAGCAGAGGACCGGGGACACUGAGCCAAGAAAAGAAUGCUGCUGCUGCUGCUGGGCCCCGCUGUGUUUGGCUUGAGGACAUCCAGGCUCUGACAGGAGAAACCUUCAGAACAGAUAAGAAACCAGACCCUGCAAACUGGGAGUAUAAGUCUCUCUACCGAGGAGAUAUAGCCAGAUACAAGAGGAAAGGAGACUCCUGCCUUGGCAUUAACCCUAAGAAGCAGUGCAUAUCCUGGGAGGGGGCUCCCACGGGAAAGAAGCGUGCGCAGAAGCACAUCGAGCGCUAUUUCACGAAGAAGAACGUGGGGCUGAUGAACGCUGACGGAGUCGCCGUGAGCAGUCAAACUGACCCUCCCUCGUCUGCGCCCCUCUCCUUCAUCCCAGUGAAGGACUCGGACGAUGUGGCUCCUCCUGUUACAACCUGGCUGAACCCUCUGGGGAUUUAUGAUCAAUCCACCACCCAGUGGUUACAGGGACAAGGUCCUUCGGAGCAGGAAUCCAAGCAGCCAGACUCCCAGCCGGACCGUGAGGACGCGCUUCUCAAGGCCAGGGUGGAGGAGUUCAACCGGAGGGUGCGGGAGAACCCUCGGGAUACUCAGCUGUGGAUGGCGUUCGUCGCUUUUCAGGACGAGGUCAUGAGGAGCCCUGGCCUGUAUGCCAUCGAGGAAGGCGAGCAGGAGAAGCGGAAGCGGUCCCUGAAGCUCAUCCUGGAGAAGAAGCUGGCCAUUCUGGAGCGGGCCAUCGACAGCAACCCGAGCAGCGUGGACCUGAAGCUCGCCAAGCUGAAGCUCUGCACGGAGUUCUGGGAGCCCUCCACGCUGGUCAAAGAGUGGCAGAAGCUGAUAUUCCUACACCCCAACAAUACAGCCCUUUGGCAGAAAUACCUUCUGUUUUGCCAGAGCCAGUUCAGCACCUUUUCAAUAUCAAAAAUUCACAGCCUUUAUGGGAAGUGCUUGAGUACAUUGUCUGCUGUGAAGGACGGCAGCAUCUUGUCUCACCCUGAGCUGCCUGGCACCGAGGAGGCCAUGUUUGCGCUCUUUCUUCAGCAGUGCCACUUCCUGCGCCAGGCCGGGCACGCGGAGAAGGCCGUCUCCUUGUUCCAGGCCAUGGUCGACUUCACCUUCUUCAAACCCGACAGCGUGAAAGACCUGCCCACCAGAGGGCAGGUGGAGUUCUUUGAGCCCUUUUGGGACAGCGGAGAGCCCCGGGCUGGGGAGAAGGGCGCCCGAGGCUGGAGAGCGUGGAUGCACCAGCAGGAGCGGGGCGGCUGGGUGGUCAUCAACCCAGAUGAUGAUGAUGAUGAACCAGAAGAGGAUGACCAGGACAUCAGAGAUAAGACCCUGCCCAGGUGGCAGAUCUGGCUUGCUGCUGAGCGGUCCCGAGACCAGAGGCACUGGCGGCCGUGGCGGCCUGAUAAGACCAAGAAGCAAACGGAGGAAGACUGUGAGGACCCAGAGAGACAGGUGCUGUUUGAUGAUAUUGGACAAUCUCUAAUCCGACUUUCCAGCCAAGCUCUUCAGUUCCAGCUGAUUGUGGCCUUUCUGCAGUUCCUGGGUGUGCCCGCUGGCUUCAGCCCUCCAGCCUCCUGCCUCUACCUGGCCAUGGAUGAGAACAGCAUCUUCGAUAACGGACUUUAUGACGAACAGCCAUUGACUUUUCUCAACCUUUCAUUUUCUGGCGUCAGCUGUGUUGGUCGCACGGACCAGUUGGGCUGCCGGCGCUGGACCCGGGGUCACGGCCGAGAGGGCGAGGAGUUCAUCCGCAACAUCUUCCACCUGGUGAUGCCUUUGUUUUCCGGCAGGGAGAGGUCCCAGCUCUGCUCCUCCUGGCUACGGUACGAGAUGGCAAAGGUCAUUUGGUGUCUGCACACUAAAAACAAGAAGAGGUUAAAAUCACGAGGAAAGAACUGCAAAAAACUAGCCAAGAAUCUCCUUAAGGAGCCAGAAAACUGCAACAAUUUUUGCCUCUGGAAGCAGUAUGCACAUCUGGAAUGGUUGCUUGGCAACACAGAGGACGCCAGAAAAGUUUUCGAUACAGCGCUCAGCACGGCAGGGAGCGGGGAGCUGAAGGACCCUGAGGUCUGUGAGCUCAGUCUGCUCUAUGCUGAGCUGGAGCUGGAGCUGGCGCCAGACACCAGAGUGGCCACCGCGGCCCGAGCUGUUCACGUAUUAACCAGGCUGGCUGAGAGCAGUCCCUAUGGGCCCUACACUGGGCAGGUCCUGGCCAUUCACAUUUUGAAAGCUCGGAAGGCUUAUGAGCACGCACUGCAGGACUGUCUGUGUGAGGGCCGCGUCUCCGAUCCAGCUGCCACCGCCUCCCUCAACCGCCUAGUUAGUGUGGUUAAAUGCUUUAUGCUCUUCCAGUAUUUGACCAUAGGGAUCGAUGCCGCUGUGCAGAUAUACGAGCAGGUAUCUGCAAAACUGAAGGGCUCUCUUUCCCCAGAGGACCCAGGCCUGGAGGCCAGGGCCUGCCCCCCAAGUGUGAGCAGCGUCCUCGAGGCCGUCACCCUGAUGCACACGAGCCUGCUCAGGUUCCACAUGAAAGUCAGCGUGUACCCUCUGGCUCCUCUGCGGCAGGCGCUCUCAGAGGCUUUGAGGUUGUAUCCGGGCAACCAGGUUCUUUGGAGGUCCUACGUUCAGCUUCAGAGCAAGUCCCACAGCGCCAGCAAGACCAGGAGGUUCUUCGGUGCCAUCACCAGGUCUGCGGCACCCUUGGAGCCUUGGCUGUUUGCCAUUGAAGCUGAGAAAAUGAGGAAACGACUGGUGGAGACCGUCCAGAGGGUAGAUGGCAGAGAGGUCUACGCCACAAUCCCUGAGACCGGCUUGACGCACCGGAUCAGAGCCCUGUUUGAAAAUGCGAUCCGGAGUGAGCACGGCAGCCAGUGCCCCUUACUGUGGAGGAUGUACUUGAGUUUUUUGGUUUCGUUAGGAAAUAAGGACAGAAGCAAGGGUGUGUUCUACAAAGCACUUCAGAGUUGUCCUUGGGCAAAGGCGCUGUACAUGGACGCCGUGGAGUACUUCCCCGAUGAGAUGCAGGAGAUCUUGGACCUGAUGACCGAGAAGGAGCUCCGAGUGCGCCUGCCCCUCGAGGAGCUGGAGCUGUUGCUGGAGGACUAGCGACCGGGGAUGGGCCACGCCUCAGGGCAUGUCCCUGCCCUGGGAGCUGGGGGAGCACGAGGUGGGAUCAGGUGUGCGAGCAUGCGUGCCAGCAGACCCGUUUUUAAAGUUUUCUAGAUAAUUUAUAUCUAGUUCAUCAGUCUCAUCUCUUGCACAUUUUUUUGGAUGUGCCAGUGACACAAGCCCUUGUUUUACAUAUUAUAGAUGCGCAUCUGUGUUUACAUGUACAUGGACAGGAACAGGGCAGUGGUAACCAAACCUACUGUGGUUGGCGUGUGUGACUCCUUCUCUGCCUCUGCCAGUGCAGGGGUGAGUGACCUGCUCAGUUGGCACCCAUGGUGGUCCUUGCCAAGUCUUUUGGGUUUGCAGUCACGAUUAGAAAGGUCUGGUUACUCAGCACCAGGACCUCCUCCCCCGGGACUGGUUAGUAGAGAUUCUGCCCUACCUUCAGAUCAGGGCAGUAGGGAGUCAUUAAAACUUGGCCUGUAUCAGGUGUGUUUAGACAAGUGUUAUUCCCUCAGCCUCCGCGUGAUGCCUCCGCCAUGGACCAGCCUGUUAGAGAUGUAGGCCCAGGCCCGCACCAGCUCUGCUGAGUCAGCAUCUGCUCAGACAGGACCCCCGGGGACUCGUGUGCAGUGGGGAAAGCACUGCCCGAGGAGACAAGGCGCCCUGCUGAGGGGGCAGCACUGUCCCCAGCUCCUUCCACCAGACCCAGCCCUGCCCGUGAGACGUGCGGAGCUCCGCAUCCUGAGCUGUGCACAGGGCUGCUGAGGUGGAGGGGUUUUGUGAGGGCUGUCCAGCUGCUCUGGCUUUUUAAAGUCAUGGUCUCUAGAAUCGAAGAAAAAUUUCUUUGGCAACUCAUCCAGGAAAGCCAGUGUGUGGACUAGAACUCUGGCUACAGACAUGGACAUUAGGUUGGGAAAAGGGGAGGGCAGUGUCUCAGAGCCCACGAGGAUGUUGGCCAGCCAGAUACUUGCUGCCCCACUUACUGGCUUUAAGACUAAACAGUUGUGAGGAAGAGAAGUGCAGGAUUUACAUGGAGAAAAGGGAGAAGCUGACACUUUUAGAUGCUCUUGAGAAGGAUGGUUUCUGAGCCCAGGGACAAGGCAGGCAGGGCUGGUAUGAGCUGUUUCAUCCCUGACCUUUCCAGAUUUCUCUUAUCAGCACCAAUGCUGCCCAAGUGCUGGGAACCCACAGCCACAGGAACGCAGCCUUUGUUGCUGGAGCGUCAGUGAUGGCUGGCACGUGGCUAUGGGGUGACGGCUUCCCCACUGGCUGUGCAGCCACCACCCGCUCUGGGGCGUGAUGUGAGGGCAGCAGGUAUUGAAGGCUGCACUCUGAUCGCCCAGAACAGAAGCUUCCCUGACACCCAAUCCACCUGCCGAGCAGCGGGUGUGGAUGCUCCAGACACGGGAGGACCUGCUUGAGAAAGAACUCACUUUAUUGGCGCUGCACGUCGGGCUCCUGCACGCGGUGCUCAGAGAGGUACACAGGGCACAUAAUGAAGAGCAACUGCAACGGGCUCCUCUGGGCAACUCCCCACCUCCUCCCUCCCCAGGGUCGGCACCCCUGACCACUUCCUUGAAGGCAACUGAGGUUCCCUAGAGAUAAAGCCCCUCAGGGGUGCCUUCUUGUUUUUUAUACAGAACAUUUUCUUUCGAUUUUUUGAAGUCUUCAUUUGUGACUUUCAUUCUGCGUUCUCUCAAGGCCAUGAGACCAGCUUCUGUACAGAUUGCCUGUAAGAAAGAACGGUAUGUUCAGAAAGUGAAAUACUUUUUAUUUUUAUUCUAACAAUUCAGAGAGCUAUUUGGAAAUAAGGUGGAAGACACUUGUUUUAAACACAAAUCACUCUAGAUUUAUUUGGGAAAAGAUUAGAUUUUUUAAAUGCGUUAAGCAUUGUAAUUGUUUUCUCAAAGGACUGGAGUAACUAAGGAAGAGGACCUGGCCAGGAAGUAAGGCCCAGGUGCUAACCAGCUGUGUGGCCUGGCAGGUCAGUGAGUUCUCACAGCCCCACCUUAAAGGGAGAAAUAUUUCUAAGUAAUAGAUGAUUUAUACACGGAAAUUUAGAGGUAACAGUGUAUGACCAUUUCAUAGAAUGAAUACAUAAUAUUCACUUUAAUAUAUUUACUUUUUAAAUAAUCACCUGUUACAAAACAAGAUAUAAACAAUGAAAUGAUAUAAACAAUCCUAGCAUUGAAGUUCCUAUUUGGUUAAAGUUCAGCAGAAAAAACGUGUGCAUAGAAAGAUAAAGCAAACGGUAAAAUGGCAACAUUUGGUAAAUCGAAGUAAUGGUGUAUACGGGUGUUUACUAGUUGCAACUGUUAUGAAGGCUUAAAAUAUUUCGAAGUAAAAAAGUUGGUGCAAAAUCAGAUUUCUCUUUUAAGAAGAGAGAUUUUACUUCCCAACCAAGACACUAAUGUAGUCCUACAGAUCCAGGGAUAUACAGCGCAGGCAGCAGCACGAAAGGCCACGUCUGCGUCCCACCCUACCUAAUCUAACAGAAACCGGAUCUUCCCAUAAAGAGCAGGAUGCAGCAUAUUCAGUGCUGCCAGGCCUCGUUCUAAACCCUGGUCACCUGGGAAGAACCAUCCUAACUCAUAGAGGGAUGUGAUCAAACAAGAGUCCAGCCAGCGCAGUUCUCACCUUGAUGUCGGCACCAGAGAGGUCGUCCUUAGCCAUGAUCAAGUCGUCCAGUGUCACGUCAUCAGCCAGCGUCAUUCUGCUUGUGUGGAUCUGAAAGAUGCGCUUCUUGGUCUUUUCAUCGGGCAGGGGGAACUCGAUCUUCCUGUCAAUGCGGCCUGCAAGUACAGAGGCCUCAGUGGCAGCUCUGUGCCGCCCCGGCUGUGCCCGCGCCUGUCUCCUCAUGUGCAGUUUCAGUGUCCUUUGGAAGGGGUCCAACUCUUAAAAGGUGAACACUCACCUUUCUAGUUUGUAAGUUUCUAGUUUGGAUUCACUUAUUUUCUCUGCUACCUCCAGAAACAAAUGAAAGGAAUGGUUCCUGAAUGGCACAUUUAGUGCAAAAGGACAGAUCAGUCUGGUUAAAAAAAUUAUGAAGAGGGUAACGAAAUUAGCUACCCCUGCUUUCACUGCUAAAUGAAUGCAAAAACUGAGCCUAAACUAUUAUAUGAAUUACUUCUUCAUUUCUUCAGGAAAAAAGUCUUUGAGGCUUAAAAGGGAGUACCCGGGAAAGAAAAGAUCACAUAACAUUGGAAUUCAAAAAGCCACACUGCACAGACUAUAUCAUGCUUAUCUACAACCUCAAGGUUACUCUAAAUUUCAGUGCAAUGUUGCCUUUACAUGUAUCAUUUUAUAAUCUCAUAAGCUCCCCAAACUUCACGUAAGAAGCACAAAUACACACAGACAACUAUUCUCCAUGAUGAGGCAAAAGCAAAUGUGACCUGGUCUGAUUAGUGCUGGAUCCAGAGUUUCUAUUCGGUUUGUGGCCAUGAUGACUUUCACGUCUCCCCUUGAAUCAAAUCCAUCCAACUGGUUCAACAGUUCCAACAUUGUUCGCUGAAUUUCUCUCUCACCACCGGAGUUUGAGUCAUAUCUUUGGAAAAAAAGAAGGAAUGAAGACCCAACUGAUCUGCUAACGGGAAAUUACAGCAAAAAAACUCAACCCAACAGCCAGGUUACACAGCUCAUUAUUUUCUUUGUAGCAGUUUUCAUUGCCUAAGUUUUCUCUCCCAACCCCUGAGUGCUCCCUGAGGCCAGAGGCUUGUUUUCAUGGCUGUGUCCCCAAAGUCGGAGCCUGGCUCAGAGCAGAUGCUCAGGGUGUGGUUACUGACCGACCAAUCUUCAGGUUCACACCACCCAGUAGGUGGGAGAGCAGAGCGUACAGCAUCAGGGAAAGCCAGAGUAGGAACUGUGGCAAACACUGAGGCCACAGGGAGUGCCCAAUGACCACUCGGAGAAGAGCUACAAGGUUUUUCCCUCUAAAGCAGCAGUUCUCAACCUGUGGGUCGCGACCCCUUUGGCAGUCAAAUGACCCUUUCACAGGGGUCGCCUAAGACCAUCCUGCAUAUGAUAUUUACAUUACGAUUCAUAACAGUAGCAACGUUAUAGUUAUGAAGUAGCAACGAAAAUAAUUUUAUGGUUGGGUCACAACAUGAGGAACUGUAUUUAAAGGGCCAGAAGGUUGAGAGCUACUGCUCUAAAGGAUACAAAACAGGUAAAAGAAAGUCUACCUUUUUGUCCCAAUGGCAUCAAUUUCAUCAAUAAACACAAUCGAUGGUGCAUGUUCUUCAGCAACUCGAAACAAUUCCCGAACGAGCUUGGGCCCAUCGCCUAGGUACUUCUGAAUAAGUUCAGAGCCAACCACUCUCAAGAAAGUGGCUGAGGUUUGGUUUGCUACUGCUUUAGCCAGUAAGGUCUUACCUAUUUUAGAUUAAAAAGACAAAGGGAAAAAAUCCUCAGACUCUGUCAUUACCUACUUAAGUGGAUAUUAAAAAUGGACAGAUUUCUAUGAUGAAAAGGCAUGCCACCCUCUUGGGUACAAGAUUUUAAGUCACUCAAAUAACCUUCCUCCUUUGUACUUUACAUAGCAAUGAAAUGCUAAGUCCUGGACUGCACAAUUUACACAAGUCAAUUACAUAUAGACUAGAGGCCCGGUGCACGAUGGGGGCCGGGGAAGGGACCAUGGGAGGUUGGCUCCAGGGCGUGUACCGCCAGUCUCGGCCAGUCCCUGAUCGGCGGGACUCAGCAGCAAGCUCACCUACAGGUCGGAGCAUCUGCCCCCCGGUGGUCAGUGUGCAUCAUAGCGACUGGUCAAACGAACGGUCGGACAAUUAGCAUAUCAGGCAUUUAUUAUAUAGGAUUUUUUUUUUUUUUUACCUUCAUGCAUUUAUUCAUCCACUAUGAAUAUUUAGUGCCAGUGGACCAGGAGAAUGAACCUAAUCUGAACAGCACAGGGUAGGUUUUAAAUAAUGACCCUCCGCUGUGGCUCUGGUGCGUGAUCACACUCGACGACACAUCGUAAUCUCCAGGGAGGGGCCCAGACAACCAGGGUUUUUAAAGCUCCCAAGGGAUGCCAAUGUACAGCCAAGGUGAAGCACCCUCUUUUAUUGAGCUCUUCUUACAAACUAGUUUCAAUAGACUCACACUGCUUUUAUAAACAUUUGAAGGCAUUAUAUUUUACAGCAUAUACUUCCACUGUGUUUGAGUAUAGGACUUUUGGGGAACUGUUCCUAAUAUUGUUUUAUUUAUACACUGACUGUGUGCAGUCUACAAUUUCAAGUCCUAAGUUCAGUUUCUUAGUGCAUCUAUUAUACAGAUAAAUACACUUUUUUAUGUAAUAGGUAUUUUUCCAGAGAAUCUGCUUAUCCCCAAAUUCCAAAAUAUUGCUUAGAACACCGUUUUAAACUAAGGACCGUGUAACUCACUAACGCUGCUGCUCAGGUUGAGCUGAGUGCCUCGAAGUGUCAAACCCACAGCACACAUACCUGUGCCAGGUGGCCCAUAGAGAAUGACCCCCUUAGGGGGCUUUAUACCCAUCUCUUCGUAAUACUCAGGAUGAGUGAGAGGGAGUUCCACAGAUUCCUGUAGGAAACAAACACUACGUAAAAGUGGAAAGCUUUCUUACUGAAACCACCACCAUAGUCAUGAACUGGCAUCACGAGCAUGUCUCACUGGCAACAAAAAAUGAGCUAAAAUUUCAGUUACUCUUGUUGGAGACAACGUGCUUGACGUCACUAGUAGCAAGGACACACUGAAGACACCCACCCCCUCUCUUCCUAAUGGCACCCCAUUUCCCCUUCCCUUCUUUGUAGAAGUCAGCCUUGAAUAACAUCUAAAACUUCCUCAGC